GAGGAGGGAAUGAGAGGAAGAUUUCUGGAAGGAUUAAAAAAAAAAAAGGGAAAGUGAGAAAUUGCUGCUGUGAUAUUUCCAUACACUCUCUGCCUAGAGAAGGACAAAACUGUACUGUGUCUUUGCUACUGAAAGGGAGCUGGUCCAAGGACAUAUCUGAGAUUUGCAAUGCUGUCUCAUUGCUCCUGUGAGGGGAAAGGCACCCUUUCGUGUGGAUCUACCUCCAGCUGGGUCCUGCUGCUCUGUGCUGCAGCACUGGCAUCUUUUCCUCUGGCUCUGGGAUUCAACCUGGACACAACACAGACACUGACCAAGGAGGGUGAGAAGGGCAGCUUCUUCGGCUUCUCCUUAGCUCUCCACCAGCAGCUCAGUCCUAUAUCCCACAGCUGGAUCCUGGUGGGAGCGCCACGAGCACGCGGUCUGGGUGCCUUGCAGGGUAGCCGUCCUGGUGCUCUGUACCGUUGUCCAAUCACAGCCGAGGAGUACGACUGUGAGCGAGUGGACAUUGAUGGGGAAGUAAGGCCUGAUCGUGAGAGCAAGGACAACCAGUGGCUGGGUGUCACCGUUAGGAGUCAGGGGAUUGGUGGAAAAGUCGUGACCUGCGCCCAUUUGUACGAGCUCCGCCAGCGUGUGAACCAGUCGUCCGAGACUCGGGACCCCAUUGGGCGCUGCUACGUGCUGAGCGAGGACCUGACAGAGCGUGACGACCUGGACGGGGGCGAGUGGAAGUUCUGCGAGGGGAGGCCGCAGAGCCAUGAGCAGUUUGGCUUCUGCCAGCAAGGCCUGGCUGUCAGCUUUACGCCCGACAAGAACUUUAUUCUCUUUGGUGCUCCAGGCACCUACAACUGGAAAGGAGAGUUGCGCGUGCAGCUCCUCAAUCAGUCCCUCCUUGAUUUGGGCUUCUACGAUGAUGGGCCAUACGAAGUAGCUGAUGAGAAACAACAGGAUGCACGGCUAAUCCCAGUUCCCUUCCACAGCUACCUGGGGCUAUUGUUCAUGGCUAGUCCCGUGGAGGACGCACUGGUGUACAAAACCCUGGAGCCGUUAUACCGCCCCACCACCUUUGAGGACGUAGCUCAGAAUAGCUACUUAGGAUUCUCUGUUGAUUCCGCUAAGGACGUGCUGAGUCGAGGGCACCUGACCUUCGUGGCGGGAGCGCCACGUGCCAACCAUACGGGCGCAGUGGUGCUGCUGCGAAAGGACAACGUGUACCGGCUCGUACCCCAGCACAUCCUGUGGGGGGAGGAGCUGGCCUCCUCCUUCGGCUACUCGGUGGCCACGGCGGACCUCAACAAUGAUGGGUGGACAGAUAUAAUUGUUGGGGCCCCCAACUUUUUUGACCGCAAGGCAGAGAUUGGAGGGGCGGUGUAUGUGUACCUGAACCCAGCGAGCCACUGGCACCAGGCGCGGCCCAUCCGGCUGAACGGAACGCAUGACUCCAUGUUCGGCCUAGCUGUCACCAGCGUGGGGGACCUGGACCAAGACGGCUAUGGGGACAUUGCGGUGGGAGCUCCAUUCGAUGGAGACGGUAAGGUCUUCAUCUACCGCGGUUCAUCCUCGGGCAUUGACACCAAGACUUCCCAGGUUCUGGAUGGGGUCGGGGUGGGGGUGAAACACUUUGGCUAUUCUAUUUCUGGUGGUCUGGACAUAGACGGGAACUCAUACCCUGACUUGGCAGUGGGUUCCCUUGAUGACCAGGUUGUGUUGUACAGAUCUCGCCCCGUCAUCCAUCUCAGACGGGACAUCAGUAUUGAACCCCAAAACAUUGACUUGGAGAACCGUAACUGUAAAGGUCGUGAUGGAGUGUGCGUGGAGGUGAAGGCAUGUUUCACCUAUACUGCUCGUCCGACAUCAUACUCACCCUACAUCACCCUGGAAGUGCGCUUUGAGGCCGACACGGAGCGCAGGAAGCUAAACUUGCCCCACCGCAUCAGCUUCUUGGGUCGCACUGCAUCGGAGCUGGAGUACCAGCGCUCUGAGGAGGUGGAGCUUCGUGGCCAGAGCCAACCGGCGUGCAAGGUGGCGACCUUUCAGCUACAGGAGAAUCUCCGUGACAAGCUGCGCCCCAUUUCCCUGGCAAUAACACACAGCAUCAAACGAGCCCGCCACCUCGGACACGUCGCUCCCAAACACCUGGGGCCGCUGUCUCCCGUGCUGAGCGCUUCCAUUUCCAGCACUCUGCACACAGAGGUGAACUUCUUGCGGGAGGGAUGUGGGGAUGACAGGAUCUGUCAAAGCAACCUGCAGCUGAGCUAUCGCUUUGGCACCCGUCCUGUAAACUCUGACCUUUUCACCCCUUUGCCCAUAGAUGAAGAUGGAGUACCGGUCUUUUCGCUGUCCGACCAGCGGUCAAUAGCAUUGGAGGUUUUGGUCACCAACAUGCCCUCUGACCCCCAGCGACCACACGAGGAUGGAGAUGAUGCCCAUGCAGCGCAGCUCCUGGUGACCCUCCCUGACACGCUGUCCUACUCUGGUUUCAGAGGUCAACAGGUGGUGUGCCAGACCAACCAAAACGGCUCUCAGGCUGAAUGUGAGCUGGGAAAUCCGCUGAAGAGAGACUCCAAGCUAAAAUUUUAUAUUAUAUUAAGCACAUCUGGAAUCACCAUAGAAACCACAGCGCUGUCAGUUGAUCUCCUGCUGGUGACCAUAAGCGAGCAGUCCGAUCUGGCACCAGUCAGAGCCCAUGCUAAAGUAGUCAUUGAGCUCCCUCUGUCCAUCAGCGGGGUGGCCCGGCCUCAUCAGCUCUUCUUCAGCGGGACGGUGAAGGGCGAGAGCGCCAUGGUGACUCUAGACGAUGUAGGCAGCCCGGUGGAAUUUGAGUUCACGGUGACCAAUCCAGGGCAGUUUCUGCAAACACUGGGCUCUGCCUUCCUGAACAUCAUGUGGCCCCACGAGCUGGCUAAUGGGAAAUGGCUGCUCUAUCCCACCGACGUGCAUUUCCAGGGGCACCCGAACACUCACUGCACCCCCGCCACCCUCAAUCCGCUGAGCCUGACUGACAGUCAUCCCCGCCAUCACCAUGAACACCACCAAGAUCACCACCACCAUCAUGAUGACCUCCGCCAGGACACACAUCACACAAACCCGUCCAGAAGAAAUGUACGUUCCCACCAAGAGGAAGACAACCAGGACAUGGUAAAGGACACUGUGGCCAGGAGCACCCCAGCAGUGGCAGCCUCUGAGCGGAGGAAGUCCUUGCAGUUGGACUGCCUCCUGGGCUCGGCCCGCUGUCUCCUGCUCCAAUGUCCGCUGCACAGCAUCUCCGGCUCAGCUGUGCUCAGCGUCCAAGCCCGGCUGUGGAACGCCACAUUCCUGGAGGAGUUUUCCUCAGUCAGCGCCCUGGAGCUGCUAGUGAGAGCCAACAUCACAGUCAAAUCCAGCAUCAAACACCUGGUUUUGAGGGAUGCUGCUUCACAGGUCUCAGUCAUGAUCUAUCCAGAACACGGGGUGGCAGAUCAGCACGGGAUCCCUUGGUGGAUCAUCCUCAUCGCCGUGCUAGCUGGAAUACUUGUCCUGGCUCUGCUAGUGUGCAUACUCUGGAAGUGUGGCUUCUUCCAGCGAGCCCAGUACAAAGACACCGUGCCCCAGUACCACGCCAUAAAGAUUCCUCGUGAGGACCGCCCACAGUUCCAGAACGAGAAGACGGGAACAUUACGCAAGAAGGACUGGGCCACACACUGGAGCGAUGGAACAUCCUGAGCUUUGUAUCGACUCAGUCCUGUACGUGCAGUGUCCACUGGGGUCUCUGAAAGCCGAUCUCUCCACUCAACAGACUGCCUCAAUACAGGGCGUUGUGAUAAAACGUAAAGUACCUUCUGAAACUCUGGACCACACUCCACACAGAACUGCAAUGACAAAAAUUCGACUAUAUUCAAUGGCAAAGCAUACAGUUUAUUGAUCCCGACUUAGAGACUGAUAAAAAUACAGAAAGGGCACUGAAGCAAGCAUGCACUGACUGCUGUAAUGCACACUGUACAAUUAAUAGUUCACUAAUCGAUGGACAGCGAUGCCUAAAAAGGCUGCCUGAACAGGCAAUCGAUAUCUUGUCCCCAACUCCCUGAUGCCAUCCGUUAGGAGGAAAAAUGUGGAAGUGAUG